UCUCUUCUUCCUCUCUUUCUUUUCUCUUCUGCCUCUCGUCUACUUCUUCUUUUUCUUACUUUUUUUUUUCUACUUCCUUUUCUUUGUCAUUUCCUCUCUUCUUUUCUCUCUUCCCUUUUCUUUCUCAUUUCCUUCUAUUUCCUUUUCUUUCCUCUCUUUUUGCUCUCCACUUCUUCAUCUUUUCUUUCCUUUUUUCUUUUUUUUUUCCUGUUUUCUCAUAUGUAUUUUUAAAAUUUUUUUUAUAAUAUGUUUAUAUUUCAUUAACCAACUUUUGUUUCUUUUUUUUUUUUUUGUAGGAAAUGUGGAGAAUUUCAAGUAAAAGCAUUAAAGAAUUUCGGAUCUGCCUUGCUCUGCUCUCCCCUGUCCACCGGCUACUAUGUGGGUGUGUGAUUUUUGGGCAUUUUUCAAUCCAUGAGUUUCCCCUGCAGAAUUGCUGCCGGCUUCUCCCUCCGCCAGGUUCGGUUUUGCAGCUGGAAAAUUGUGGGUUCUUGACCAUUGGUUGCCCUAGCACUUGGGUCGAGUCAUCUGUUUUACAUGAUUUGAGGAAACGAAGUCAAGGACGGAGAGGGGAGUGACAAGUUAGAAGGCUAGCCAUCUUGUAAAGUGAAUAUAGAUUGUAAAUAUAGAUCAUGAUCUUAUAAGUUAGAUUUAAUUGGAGAUUUUAUAAAUUCAUUUAAUGGAU